CUCAGCGGCCUCGCCCCUAUCUUGGUCCCCUGGCAGGCCCCUCUGCACUCCCCCAGGGCAGAGAUGGGAGAUGGCUGCCAUUCUGCCCCUUCCCCUGCCCCUCCAGGCCCGGAUCCGCCUGGCCCAGGGGCUCUGGCUUCUCUCCUGGCUGCUGGCACUGGCUGGUGGCCUCACCCUCAUCUCUAGUGGCCACCUCCUUCUGCAGCUGUGGCAUCUAAGCCCUUUCUUGGACCCCACCUGCUCCUUUCCAGCCCUCCCCAAGACAGCUUUGGCUGCUGGGGCAGCUGCCCUGGGCACAGGGAUCGUAGGGGCUGGGGCCACUAGAGCGUCCUUAGAUGCGGCCCGAUACCCCCCUUGGCGAGGGGUGUUGGGCCCAAUCCUGGUGGCUGGGACAGUUGGGGGUGGGGGUCUCUUGGCCCUAGCAGUAUGUCUGGCCCUGGCAUUGCCCAGAGGCCUGGAUGCCGCCCUAGAGAGCGGGUUGAGAACAGCCUUGGACCACUACAAGGACACAGAGGUGCCUGGGCACUGCAACGGCAAGCGGCUGAUGGAUGAGCUGCAGCUCGAAUACCACUGCUGUGGCCGGCACAGCUACAAAGACUGGUUCACUGUUCAGUGGGUCAGCAGCCGGUAUCUGGACCCCGAUAACCAGGACAUAAUCGACCAGAUCCAGAGCAACGUGGAAGGACUCUACCUAAUCGACGGAGUCCCCUUCUCGUGCUGUAACCCCCACUCCCCUCGGCCCUGCGUGCAGAACCAGCUCUCCACCAUGCAGGCCCACCCCCUGUCUGACCCCCGGCAGCCCAACCUCAACCUCUGGGAACAGGGCUGCCACGGUGUGUUGCUGAGGCACCUGUGGGGGCUGGCCAGUACCCUGGCCACUGUGCUGGGCAUCACCUUCCUGUUGCAGGUGCUGGUGCUCCUGGGACUCCGGUACCUGCAGACUGCUCUGGAGGGCCUGGGGGGAGCCAUAGAUGGGGAGGGUGAGACCCAAGGCUACCUGUUCCCUGGGGGGCUCAAAGAGAUGCUGAAAAGUGCUUUCCAGCAGGGGCUUUGUGCUCAGAGACCCGUGCCCGAAGAGGUCCCACCAGAGGCCCCGGCUGAGGAGACCCCAGCAGAAGCCUAGCACCCACAGGAGGGGAAGGGGGGGACACGAGGAUGAGAGGCUGGAGGGGGUAUUUCUCAAUUCCCCUGCCCCCAGUGGUGUCCAUGCUGAGGUGGGCAUGGCUCUGGAGGAGAAUGAAGAAGGGGCAACAGCAGGGCCCAGGGAAAAGAGGAAGGGAACUAGAUUAGGGGCAACAGCCAGGAGACGCAGGGGAACGUUACCUAGAAGUAGCUAAAGGUAGGAACAGAAACCCACCAUCCCAGUUCAGAGCCACUGCCCCUGGCACAGGUGAGGGGGGGAGAAGGCCCACUCCUGGGGGGCCAGAAGGAACAGCUCAGAGGAGGGAGGGCCGGCCACCCAGGAAAAAAAAGGCAAAAAUC